AUGUCGCAUAGACAGAUAAUUUCAAACGUUUAUAUAAUUUCAACAUUUCUUGCGAUUCUUAUUGAUACCAAGAGAAUUCUAAAUGACAAGUCUAUGAAUAAUUCCGUAAAGAGAAUAGGUUCCGGAACUGCCAGUCAAUGGCCUUAUCAAUCGUUUAGAACAAAAUGCACAAGUCUUGCACUUCUAUUUAUACUUGGUGCAACACAAAUUGUAGCUAAGUUUUGUGCUAUCUUUACUUCACUUGAUGAUAUAAAUGUUAUACUAGGAAACUUGGUGAAAACAAUUCUAAAUCAAAUAGAAACGGAUUAUAGUUUUUUCACUACAAAUUGUGAAAAGGAAAUUAUAUCGAAAUAUGCCGAAAAUGGGAGAAAAUUUACUAUUUACUGUACAGUUACUUUUACUAUGGCAAUGCUACAUUUAAUGAUUGCACCACUGAAGGGAAUUUUUGGUAGGGUGAACAACACGAGUAAACGACCAAUGUUACAUCACGUUGAAUAUUUUCAUAAUUGUGGAUUAUUUAAAACAUUAGGGUAUCGACUUUCUCAUUUAAUUGAUGAAAAAGUCUUAGAUAAUGAUGUCUUAAAUCCUUCGAAAUCAGGAGAUAAAUACUAUAAAGAUAUUUCCUUAUAUGCCCUGAGACAUCAGAAAGCAAUAGAGUUUGCUGAACUAUUGGAUUCAUUUUAUUCGGCUUUAAUUCAUGUCUACUUUGAAUGUAUGAACGGUCAACGACUUAUCAAUCAUAGUAGUGAAAUGCACGAACAUCUAAUAAAUACCGAGUGGUAUUGUACAUCUUUACGAACAAGAAAAGUAACCACUUUGAUGACACUUAGAUCAUUGAAACCUUCUAUACUAACAGCUGCAGGAAUAUUAAAUAUAUCAUUGAAAACUUUUUGCUCUAUUGUUCGUACCUCGAUUUCAUACUUCACUGUUAUGCGAUCUUUUCAAUGAAAAUUUGAAAUAUAGAAUUCUAUCACUAAUUGCUAAGAUACAAAAUAACACAUCCACCCACC